UUUAUAAAGGGGCUGAUGUUGCUUGCCAACGCAGCUCCUCCCAAGCUGAAAGCCGAGACUCCGUGCCUGGGAGGAAGACUGCAGACUCAGACCUCCAAGCAAGCUCAGAUCAGUUCAGCCGCCCGGGCUUCCCGCGGUUGGGCAGGAUUCGAGGCAGGGAGCCGGGCAGCAUCGGGACAGACAGCUCCUCAGGGCAGGAUGGGCCUCCCAGCGCUGGCUGCCCACUGGCUGCUGGGGAGUCUGCUGGUCACCCUGGGAGCCGGCAAGAGCAGAAUGCCCCGGUUACAGCUUUCCUACAGAGAUCUUCUGGCCACUAACCGCUCUACCCUCUUCCUGGGCCCUCGGGGUAAAUUGGAUCUAAGGGCUCUAUACCUAGAUGAGUAUCGGGACCGGCUCUUUCUGGGUGGACGGGACACCCUCUACUCCCUGCGAUUGGACCACGCAGGGCCUGACCCCAAGGAGAUCUUGUGGCCUCCUCAACCUGGCCAGAAGGAAGAAUGCAUCCUGAAAGGCAGAGAUCCCUUGACUGAAUGUGCCAACUACGUUCGAGUGCUACACCCCUACAACAGAACCCAUCUGCUGGCCUGUGGCACCGGAGCCUUCCAGCCUAUGUGUGCCCUCAUCACUGUGGGCCAUCGGGGGGAGCACGUGUUCAACCUGGACCGGGCCAGCGUGGAAGGUGGACGGGGACGCUGCCCACAUGAGCCUGACAGACCUUUUUCCAGCACCUUUGUCGGUGGAGAGCUGUACACAGGCCUCACUGCUGACUUCCUGGGCCGAGAAGCUGUAAUCUUCCGUAGUGGUGGUGCCCGGCCUGCCCUUCGCUCGGACACUGACCAGAGCCUCCUUCAUGACCCCAGGUUUGUGGGCGCUGCCCUUAUCCCUGACAACACUGACCGGGACAAUGACAAGGUCUACUUUUUCUUCUCGGAGGCAGUUACCCUGCCCGAUGGGGGCUCUGGCCGGGCUACUGUCAGCCGCGUGGGCCGCAUCUGCGUGAAUGAUGCUGGGGGCCAGAGGGUACUGGUGAACAAAUGGAGCACAUUUCUGAAGGCCAGGCUCAUCUGUUCUGUGCCUACCCCUGGCGGUGCUGACACCUACUUUGACCAACUGGAGGAUGUGUUCUUGCUGUUGCCCAAGGACGGGAAGAGUCCAGAGGUCUACGCGUUAUUCAGCACGCUCAGUGCUGUAUUCCAGGGCUUUGCCGUCUGUGUGUACCGCAUGGCUGACAUCUGGGAGGUUUUCAAUGGACCCUUUGCCCACAGGGAUGGUCCCCAGCACCAAUGGGGACCCUAUGGGGGCAAGGUGCCCUUCCCUCGGCCAGGGGUGUGCCCCAGUAAGACCACAACCCAGCCUGGCCGGCCCUUUGGCAGCACCAAGGACUACCCAGAUGAUGUACUGCAGUUCACCCGGGCCCACCCACUCAUGUUCCAAUCUGUGCUGCCCCGGCAUGGUCGUCCCAUCCUCAUCAAGACUCACCUGCCCUAUCGACUUCUCCAGAUUGUGGUAGACCAAGUAGAGGCUGAGGAUGGGGCCUAUGAUGUCAUCUUCCUGGGCACAGAUGUGGGCUCUGUACUCAAGGUCAUAGCUUUCCAGACCGGAAAAUCUGCGGAGCCUGAGGAGGCAAUCCUGGAAGAGCUGCAGGUGUUUAAGGUGCCCACACCCAUCAUCGAGAUGGAGAUCUCUGUCAAACGGCAAAAGCUGUAUGUGGGCUCCCCACUGGGCGUGGCCCAGCUUCUGCUGCAUCAGUGUGAGACAUAUGGUGAUGCCUGUGCAGAGUGCUGCCUGGCCCGGGAUCCCUACUGUGCUUGGGAUGGCAAUACUUGCACUCGAUACCAGCCCAGUUCUAAUAAACGGCGAUUCCGAAGGCAAGACGUCCGACACGGCAACCCAGUAUUGCAAUGCCUGGGCCAGAGCCACAGUGGGGAUGUCAUGGGGAGUAUGGAAGCCACUGUGGUGUAUGGCACAGAACACAACAGCACCUUCUUGGAAUGCCGGCCCAAGUCACCCCAGGCCACUGUGCACUGGUUUGUGCAGAGACCCAAGGACGAACAGAAUGACCAGGUGAAGACAGAUGAACGUAUCCUACAAACAGAGCACGGGCUGCUAUUCCGGAGGCUUAAUCGCCUUGAUGUGGGCACUUACUCAUGUAAGACUCUGGAACACGGGUUCGUCCAGACAGUGGCCAGGCUGGCACUGGAGGUGAUAGCAGCUGAACAGCUGGAGGGCCUGUUCCCCCGGGAGCAUGGGGAAGAGGAAUCUACUCCCAGGAAUUCGGCUUCAGUCCCAUCCCGUGCGUGGUACAAAGACAUCCUCCAGCUCAUUGGCUAUGCAAAUCUGCCCCGCGUAGAGGAGUACUGUGAGCGUGUAUGGUGCAGUGACCGUUACCGACGCAAGGGGAAACACAGCAAGGGCAAGAGCUGGCAGGGGACCGAGCUGGGAAAGAAGGCGAAGAGCCGAGCCCAGGGGGAACGCAAUCGGACUCCCCGCGAAGUGGAAGCUACCUAGGAGAGGAGGAGAUAGCUGGGAUGGGGAGCAGCACUGCCCAGCUCCCCUAGAGGGAAUCCUCCCGGGCUGCCCUGCUUUCUGCUUCCCCAACACGUAUAGCUGGGGCGGGGAUGUCCAGAGCACAGACUGACCACAUAGUCUAGCACCCCAUCUUUCACAGGGAAAUAAAUCUCUGGCCUCCCAGUGCCUAGUAGGCAGGAAUCCAGGGCUUGAGUUCUGGAGAUCCCCAGGCUUCUAAUGAGGAUGGGAGGCCCCUUCCCUUAACCCUCUGUGCCACAGCCCGCACCCCUUCCUGCCAGUGUCGCCAGGGACCACCAAGCCCCAAGAGGCCUGCUCAUAUUCCACUGCCUUUGUUCUCCUUGGGAGGUGGGGCCUGGUUUUCCAAACACAUUUCCAGCUGUGCCCAAAGAUGAGGGCGGUUUUGUUUUUCUUUCUCAGCCUGUAAAACAAUACUCAUUCUGAACAACUGUUAGGGUACCUGGGCCAGAGGAACCAGUCUCAUGUUGAGGUGGUGGCAGGUGGGACAAAAGACACUGAGACUCUCCCAGGGUUCAAGGUCUGGGGGAAGAGGACAAAAUCAAAGACAGCAAGGAGGUCCAUGGCCAAAUGUUUCCAUACUUGUUUAAUAUAGGAAAACUCAUAGCAAUGAGUUUCCAUUAAUGGAAUCAAAUCUUCCUCGAGGUGGGUGGUGGGACAGUAGAGACUAGCCUGGAAGAUGGGGACGGGGGGAGGGGGAGUAGAGAAAUUUGUUUUGACUCAAUACCAGACAUAUCAUAGAUUUAGAGCUGAAAGGGAC